CUACAUAACUAAACAUUAAACUCAAAAAACAUAAGAAAGGACAGAGAAAAAAAAUGGAGUUCUUGGGAUCAUCACUGGCAUUUUCUUGUCUCUUUUUCUUGUUCCUAACAGGAACUUUGGCACAAGAUAUUGGUUCAAUUGUAACCAGGGACUUGUUCGAACAGAUGCUGAGUUUUAGGAACAACGAUGCAUGUCCUGCCAAGGGAUUCUACACUUAUGAUGCAUUCAUAGCUGCAGCCAAUUCCUUCCAAGGUUUUGGUACUACUGGUGAUGAUACUGCUCGUAAGAAGGACAUCGCUGCCUUUUUCGGUCAAACUUCUCACGAAACUAAUGGCGGUGCUUCAGGAACAUAUAACGGAGGAUAUUGCUUUGUUAGGCAAAUAGAGCAGUCAGACAGAUAUUAUGGUAGAGGACCCAUCCAAUUGACAAGCCAAGCUAACUACGACCGAGCUGGAAGGGCUAUUGGAGAAGACCUAGUGAACAACCCUGAUUUAGUAGCCACAGAUGCUACAAUAUCAUUCAAAACAGCAAUAUGGUUCUGGAUGACACCACAGGAUAAUAAGCCAUCAUGCCACGACGUUAUCAUUGGGCGAUGGACGCCGUCAGCAGCAGAUAUAUCGGCAAAUCGACAACCUGGCUACGGUGUCAUUACCAACAUCAUUAACGGUGGACUUGAAUGUGGCAUGGGUCAGAAAGAGGAAGUGGAAAAUCGAAUUGGAUUUUACAGGAGGUAUUGCAGUAUGUUGAAUGUUGCCCCAGGAGACAACUUGGACUGUUACAAUCAAAAGAACUUCGCCCAGGGCUAGACUAGAAUGGAAAUUGUGUUAUGUAUUACUCAUGAAGAUGUUAGUCUACAAGUUAUAUUUGGAUUUAACGAAUAAAGGGAUUGUGUAUGCCCGUUUAAAAUAGAGUGAUAUAUUGUUAUUUAUCUUCCUGAAAAGAACCAAUAAUUCCUAUAUGCAGUGCUUCGAGUGAAGCUGUUGUAGAAGUGAAAGUUCUAUUCAGAAAUAAAAGUUUCUUGUAC